CAGUCUGUCGCUCGCAUGUGACACUCUCUUAUACAAGACUAUACAGGAAAUCGGCAAAGUGGUGGCGUCGCACUAGGAAAUGGCAGAGAGAGGAUACUCACGUAUAACAGAGUGACGUCAUUUAGGCGGAAGGCAGAAGGAGUGCUGGGCGGAAGGCCCGAUGUCCAAAUUCGACGACCUGCUCAAGCAGCUCGGGACGGGAGUGUGGAACGUGUUCGUGGUCGUCGCCAUGUGCUACUGGAUACCGCAGAUCACCUGCCAGAACAUGGGAGCAGCCUUCUUGACGCCCGACCUGGCCCACACCUGCAGGCUGCCACCCGACGCGGCCCCGGCAACGAGCAACGACACCAGGUCGCAGUGCAGCUACAACGCCACGACCUCCAGCGGGAGCACCGAGGAACGACCCUGCGUCCAGUGGGACUUCGACAACUCCACUUUCACUAAUACCAUCACGUCCGAGUUCAGCCUGGUGUGCGACCGAGGCUACCUGCGGGCGACCUUCAAGAGCGUGUACUUCCUCGGCGGCUUCUUCGGCGCGAUGCUCAACGGCUGGCUCUCCGACAGGUUUGGUCGCAAAAUAAUGUUGGCAGUCGGAAGCGUGAUCUACACUCUCAUGACCAAUAUACUUCCCUGGUUACCGAGCGUCAAUAUCAUGUUGUUGUUCCGCUUCACGAUGGGCGUCACGCAGGUGGCGUCCAUCCAUGGGGGAUACACACUAGCCAUGGAGGUAAGCGAGCCGAAGUACAGGGCGGCCGUCGGCAUCCUCAUCUUCCUCCCGUGGGCCUUGUGCCUGAUCGUCCUCGGGGGCUACGGCUACCUCCUGCGGGACUGGCGUUGGCUCAGCGUCACGACCUCCCUGCCUUGCCUACUCUUCCUGCCGAUGCUCUUAUUGCUGGAUGAAUCGCCACGCUGGCUGAUCGUGCGCGGACGUUACGACGAUGCGCUGCGCGUCCUCCGGAAAGCCGCGCGCUGGAACAAAGCUCAGCUGCCGCCCGAGGAGGAGCUCCGCGCCCUCAUGGACCACAUCAGGAAGGAGGGACUGACUGCGACUAAGGAAGGCGACGCGUCCACCUCGGGCCUUGUCAGUUUCUUGAAGAAAGUAGUGGAGGACGUCGUUGUGCUUGUGAGAACGAGGAGGAUGCGCAGCAUUACGCUGUCGUUCUAUGCCCAGUUCUUCGUGCUGGGAAUGGUGUACUACGGCCUCUCGUUCGGCGCCGACAAGCUGGGGGUGGACCCGUUCGUGUACAUGGCGAUCAGCGGAGUGAUGGAGGUCCCUGGCGGCACACUGACCAUCCCUCUGGCGGAGAAGAUUGGCAGGAGAGCCUCGAGCACACUGUCCUUCGUGAUCACCGCCGGCUCCCUGCUGGUCCUCGGCUUCAUCCCAUCUGCCUUGGAGUGGCUGGUGCUCACAAUGGCCAUGUUGGGCCGGCUGGCCAUCACAGCAGCCUACCAGAUUGUGAUACUGUACGUCAGCGAAAUUUUCCCGACUGAAGUACGAGUUCGGGGGAUCGGGACUUGCACUAUGAUGUCAGCAACUGGGGCCAUGUUGGCGCCCUUUAUUCUGGAAUCCCUUGGCUCCAUCAAACCAUGGGUGCCGUUGGUCAUAUUCGGAGUGGCAGCCUUCGUGGCCAGCCUGGCUACGUUCUGGCUGCCGGAGUCUCGCGGAGCGCCCAUGCUGGACACCGUGGCCAGUCUGGAGGCCGUCUACAAAGCGCCCAAGGAUGCGAGGUGGGCAUGGAGAAGCAUGAACAUGUUUUCGUGA